UUUGUUAUGAUUUCGAAUUUUGGACAAAAGAUUUCAUCUUUAUUAUUUUCUGAAGGCCAAUUUAUGCAACGUCAAUUAAUUAUCAAAAUGAUAAAGAAGGUGGGGGAAAUAAAUUUGAAGAAGGCAAAAAUAAGUCGACUGAAAAAGGUAUAAGUGAUUUAUUGUCUAGUGGUGAAGGUUUUGCUAUGCCUUUCAAAACUGAAGUAACACCCGAGUUAGUUCCGCAUCAUCAUUAUAAGGAUUGGAAUAAAAGCAAACGUACAGUUACUAGAGACUUGCCUACACUAAAUCUUCUUGAAAAAGAAGAAAUUGAAGGAACAACAGGAAGUUCAACUCUUCUUUCAAUUGCAACAUCUCGAGUAGAUGAACAAAUGCCAUCUUUAGCAACAUUGAAACAACUUUUUGGAGAAGUUCCAUAUGAAAGGUUACCAAUUGUAAUUAUUAAUGCUAAAUAUACAAAUACAAAAAUUUGUGUUACUGAUCAUCAGGGUGUUAUUAUCUGUCAAACUACAGCAGGCAUAGAAGGUUUUAAGAAUUCAAAGAAGAAAACUACUCUAGCUGGACAAGCAACUGGAGCUGCUGCAGCUGCAAGAAUGAUUCGAAGAGGAAUAAGAAUAGCUAGAAUAGUUGUUAAAGGUAUUGGACCUGGAAGAAUGACUGCUGUUAAAGGACUAGCUACAGGAGGAAUUGAAGUAGUUUCGAUAACUGAUAGAACUGCGCUUCCAGAAUUGGGUCCUAGACCAAGAAAGAUAAGAAGGGUUUAA